AAUGAUUUAAGAUUCUAUAUUUGCUGAAUCCUUUUGGAAUCCAAUUUAUGAUAAAUGGCAAUUGAAUUUGGAUGAUGAAGAAGUAAAUAUUUUUUCUUAAAUUGAAGGAAUAAACUUUUGAGCUAUACUGUGAAAACAACUUAGAGAGAUUUAAAGUUAUCUCAGGUCAAUUGUUUGCCUCUAGUUCAUAUAUAAAUUUAUUGGAAACUUAUGUUAUUUUAGAUGAGAGAGGAGUAACUCUUUAAAAUAAAUUUGGUUAAAUAAAUGUCAACGGGCCAAAUUUACAGUAGUUUUACAAGGUGAUUGAUUAAAAAUGUAUGCAUUUGGAUAUUUAAUUGUAUUAUGAAAUUGAAAAAGUGUUGUUUGACUUAGAAAAAUUUUAGGUAAUAUUUGUUGUAAUUUAAUAGGUGUUGUAAGCAAGAGAUAAAAAGAGUGGGAUGAUAAAAUCAAUAAAAAAGUAUCCGAAAUCAGAAGGAAAGGAAUAUUUAAAAUAGAUAAUUAGAAAAUAAAAACAUGAAUAUCUAUAUGAAGAUAAACAAUAUGUCUACAUAGUUAUUUCAUAUUUGAAUGGAAAGAUGAUUCAUGAGUUGCCCUUCGAAUAAUCAUAUUUUGGUUUAUUAAAAAUGUUGUACAAAUAUCAUAAUGAAGGGUUCAUUCUAAAUCACUUUUUAGUAAAAUUCGUUUUAAUUUUUUAAUAGGUCUCUAACAUAAUUUUGUUGGAUGAUAAUUGCAAUAUGGAUGUUUUAGACAAUAGUAUGAUUGAAAAAAUGACGAAUGAAUAUUCUAAAGAAAUAUUCUAAGAUGUUCAAUUAAUCAAGUCAUACUUAAUUUCUAAGUAAAUUAGUUAAUUAAAAAUUCUAGAUUUCCUGAAGAAUAGGAUAUUAUAUAGAAUAUGAUUAAUACUAAUGUUUAAUCAGUUCAAGAACUCUUGUUUAAUGAAAUUUUCAUCAAUUACUUUGGAGAAAGUGAAUUCUAUAGACUACUCAAUUCAUAACCAUAUUAAAAACAAAAUCAUUUAUCUUAAAAUUCUAAUUUAAAUUUAUUAGAAACCUUUAAUACAAUUAGAUCAAGCAUUAUGGAUUCAUCUGAUGAAAUGGAAGAUGUUCAAUUAAAUAGACAAUUUAAUUUUUGUUCAUAAUAAUUUGAUGAUUCUCCAAUGUUAUCUCCCAGUUAAAAACCAAAACAUUAAUCAAGAUUAUCAAGUAGAUAAGUAGUUUUGGAGACACUCCUUUAAGAAAACAUAAUAACAUAAUAAUAAUUUUAAUAGUUUUAUAGAGAUGAGGAUUUUCAAAAUGAAUAGGAAAUUAAUGAAUUUAGUGAAAUGUUGACUAAAGAAAUUGAAAACUCAUCUCUAACUACUCCAAUAUAGAGUGAUGUAAUUCUAUUUAUAAUUAUUAUAGUCUAAUACAACUUGUCCCAAUACUGUUAUUAUUCAUAGUAAGAAAAAUGCAGCAAAUCGCAUUUGCGAUAUUCUACAUGAAGCUUAGUAGGAAUUAAUUUAAGCAGCCAAAAAACCAUAUAAUGUGAAUAAAGUGUAGAAUGUUAGGAAAAAUCUAUUUAAUUUACAUUGAUAU